ACUGACACGGUCUCCCAUGGUGACUGACAUUGACAUAUAGGCGCUACAUUCGCUGCUUGCUGCUGCUAGUCUAUAAACAAGAGUCUGAUGCUACAAUACUGUUUAUUAAACACUAAAUUAAUAGCGUUUGAUGUAGACAGUCGGAGUGAGGGAUUCGAGGGCAACAUUAAAAGUGAAAGCAACCAAGAUUCUCCCGUCAGAUAUAUUUGACUGUCAGAAGUAAAACUGGCUGAAAUGGAUGAGCAGAGUGUUGAGAGUAUAGCGGAAGUCUUCCGCUGCUUCAUUUGCAUGGAAAAGCUGCGUGAUGCCCGUCUCUGCCCUCACUGUUCCAAACUGUGCUGUUUCAGCUGCAUACGGCGAUGGCUGACUGAACAGAGAGCUCAGUGUCCCCACUGUCGAGCUCCGCUUCAGCUGAGGGAACUGGUCAACUGUCGCUGGGCAGAGGAAGUGACUCAACAGCUGGACACACUGCAGCUCUGCAACCUCACAAAACAUGAGGAGAACGACAAAGACAAGUGUGAGAACCAUCAUGAGAAGUUGAGUGUGUUUUGCUGGACAUGUAAGAAGUGCAUCUGUCACCAGUGCGCUCUGUGGGGAGGCAUGCACGGAGGUCAUACGUUCAAACCCCUGGCCGAGAUCUACGAGCAGCAUGUGACCAAGGUGAACGAGGAGGUGGCCAAGCUACGGCGCCGGCUAAUGGAGCUGAUUAGUCUGGUUCAAGAAGUGGAGAAGAAUGUUGAGGCGGUGCGAGGGGCGAAGGAUGAGAGGGUGAGGGAAAUCCGGAAUGCUGUGGAAAUGAUGAUCGCUCGGCUCGAUAAUCAGCUCAAGAACAAACUCAUUACACUCAUGGGACAGAAGACCUCUCUGACACAGGAGACAGAACUACUUGAGUCUCUGCUGCAGGAAGUGGAACAUCAGCUGCGUUCGUGUAGUAAGAGCGAGCUGAUCUCUAAGAGUCCAGAGAUCCUGCUCAUGUUCCAGCAGGUUCACAGGAAACCAAUGCAGUCUUUUGUCACCACUCCUGUCCCACCAGACUUCACCAGUGAGCUGGUUCCUGCCUAUGACUCGAGCACUUUUGUUUUGGCAAACUUCAGUACUCUGCGGCAGAGAGCCGACCCCGUCUACAGCCCCCCGCUCCAGAUAUCUGGCUUGUGCUGGAGGUUAAAGGUUUAUCCGGAUGGCAAUGGCGUUGUUCGAGGAAACUAUCUCUCUGUUUUUCUAGAGUUGUCGGCAGGACUCCCAGAGACGUCCAAGUAUGAAUACAGGGUGGAGAUGGUCCACCAGGCCUCCAGUGACCCUACCAAAAACAUCAUUCGAGAGUUUGCAUCAGACUUUGAGGUGGGCGAGUGCUGGGGGUAUAACAGGUUCUUCAGGUUGGACCUUCUCGCCAGUGAAGGCUACUUGAAUAUGCAGACUGACACUCUUGUGCUCAGGUAUCAAGUGCGAUCACCUACGUUUUUUCAGAAGUGUAGAGAUCAGUAUUGGUACAUAACUCAGCUGGAGUCAGCCCAGUCCAGCUACAUUCAACAGAUCAACAACCUAAAAGAGAGGUUAGCUAUAGAACUGUUCCGUCGACAGAAGUCGAGGAGUUCCUCUCCACCUGAUCGCCGUCUCUGCCCCACGACUUCCUCCGGGAGAGACUCACGUCAGGGAAAGAGCUCCGUACUGGAGGAAGGAUGUCAGGCAGCCUCAGCAGAGACUAAAGAAGAUGAGGAUGAAGAGAAGACCCAGCACGAUGACUCUAAUGAGUUGUCUGAUGGGGAUCUGGAGGUGGACUGUCUAACUGGAGAUGAAGAUGUCAAUCCUCUGGAUGGUAGUAGCACCUCUGGGAGCUCCACAGCCACCAGCAACACAGAGGAGAAUGACAUUGACGAAGAGACCAUGUCUGGUGAGAAUGAUGUGGAGUACAGUGGGAAUCUAGACCUGGAGGAAGGCGAAUUACCCGAUGAUGUUGCCGGGGCAACAGGAGGUUCUGGUGCAGGCGCCCGGGGUUCAAGGCGUGGGGCAGGUUCAAGCUCAGCCAGCCUCCUGGAGAUCGACCCGGUCAUCCUCAUCCAACUACUGGACCUGAAGGACCGCAGCCAUGUGGAGUCACUGUGGGGGAUGCAGCCCCGUCCCCCUACCUCUCUCCUCCAGAGCCAAGCUGCUGCAGUGCCUUCUCGUAAAGAGCGUGAGCGUCGGCCUCAGGCGGUGCGUCGGUCAGCCCCAGACUCAGGAGUCCUGAUCAGACUGAAGGCUCAGAUGGCAGAAGUGCGCAGUAAGAUGUCAGACGUAAAAGGGCAGCUGGAAGCGCGCAGUGGAGCCGGUCGGAUCUCCUCUCAGGGAGCCUCAAACCACGAGCAGGGCCCCUCCAUGGACUCCGAGAUGGGGCCCAGUCGCAAACCUAGCGAACUGCUCUUUAAAGCGCCCGUCUCAUCACGACACUCUCGCAGUGGAGUGAAGAAGGCUGGUUCUCCUAAGCAGGAGAGCGUGGGAGUGCUGGGAGGACUGUCACUGCGCAGGGCUGUGGAUGCUGGGGAGAAGGAGCUGAGAGGAGCUGGACGAGAGUCCCCUAUUGAACCUGCUCCUUGUCUCAGAGAGGGACCCUCCUCUUUGGAUGGCUCGCUGAAAGCCCGCAGUGUGCAGAGUUCUCCUCCCUCGCUGGGAAGCAGCUCCUCUUCCUCUGAUAAGCCUCCUGGCUCCAAGCAUGAGGAACUUCUGUAUGGAGCUUCAGCUUCAGACCUGUUCAGCGUCACAGGCCUCAAUGGAGCAGCUGCUCCUGCCACCAAACAGCGCAGGACUCCAGCCGUCGGGUCUGGUCUGCUGACAGACAGCUUUCUUAACUGUGACCAAGAGGGUGCUGGCGAGGUCCAUCAGUCACUGCUGUCACUGGCUGAACCAUCCUCUUCCUCCUCACGCCCUGAUGAAGGUCUCCUCAGCCAGAAGCAGCCCCACCAUGUGCUGCCGAGCAUGAGCAGUGACAGCGAGCUGGACUGUGACACGGAGAACGAGAACGAGGAUGAAGUGGUGGCUCUGGAGGCUGGAGACUGUGCGUUUGACACCAGAUCUCUACCCUGCCCAGGCGAGCAGCUGAUCCCUGAUGAUCUGAGCUUUGUGACUGGAGAGACCACAGAGAGAUGAUCCACCACAGUGUUACAAAUGAACCUUCCUGUGUCGUCAGCCACUGAAUGUGCUCUUUACUUUAUGUUCAGAACAGGACUAUAUGUUUCUGUGUGCUACUGUAUGUACUUUUGGGAUAGUAAAGAUUGUUUGUUUUUUUGUUUUGGUUUUUUUUUGCCUUGCAUUUUGAAAUGCAUAACAUUCCGUUGUAAAGCUAGGUGUAUACAUUUUAUGUGUGUGCAUAACUAGUCAUAUUACAGUUCUAUACAUUUCAAUGCUGCUUAUUGUCAAAUUCAUAGAGAGUUGCCAAACACCUUAAUAACUUCAAAUGUUUGGCACACUGAGUCAAAGAAUGUCACUACAGGUGCUGCUCUGUUACUUUUUAUGUGGCUUAUUCUUUGUGCAGUUUAUAUAUAUAUAUAUGUAUAUAUAAAGACAUUAAUGAGGGUUUGUUUGUUUGUUUGUUUAAUUUUAUGUAGCUUGUCUGUGAAUAUAUUAAGCUGUCUAGAACACAAUUCAUAGAUUCCUAUACCUAAAACAUGUUUACAUUGACUAAAUGUCUGCAAAAAGGGAACAUGGAGCCAAUACAAGUUCAAACAAUUUUCACAGUGAUUGUGUUUUUAUAUAUUUCAAAUAAGCUGUUAUUUAGCAAGCACUUAUCAACUUCUUAAUGCUACAUUCCCUUGUUUUUUUCCUCUAGUUAUUUUUGACACGUUAACUCAAAUAAAAGGCAGUUCCGUACUUAAACCAAAGUCUCAGGAGGGUCCGGGUCUGUGUUUUUAUCCCCAGGCUCGUGUGUGUUUGUAUGGUUUGCUUUGAGCUCAGACAGAAAGCAUUGAUGACGUGCUCUUGUUAAGGCAGCAGCUGGGAAAUCACUCCGUUUGUGUUGUGAAUAGUGAACAGCUGGGGAGUGAUGCAUAUAUAUUAAGUUGAGGUCACGGUCUCGCUCUUUGCAUGCACAGCUUUCGCUCAGUGCAGUCUGUUGAACAUGUGAAUGUUUUGUUGAAAAGUGUACAGCGAAUAAUGCAUUGCUUUUUCUGUUUAAUUGUUGGCUUUAUACACAUACAUUAUUUUUUUCACUUCCCCUCCAGCAUGUUCUGAAAGUGUAAAACAAUGAUAACAGUGUUCCUGUGACUAUUCAAUGUAAAUCUAUUUCUGUUUUUUGUUCUGUAAUAAUAAUAAUGUUCCUCUUUUCAUGUUUUAUGUUUCUUAUAAGGAGCGAGAGGACAGUCUGCACAUUUCUAGUUUACUGGUUUCCUGGAGCAUGUUUUUAAAGAUUUUUGGGGGCCCAAAACAAAUUGGAGUAUAUGCACAGUGUGUACUGUAUAUUUAUCUAAAUUAAAACCUGAACAAAUAAAUGACGUGGUACUAUCA